AUGAAAGCAUCAUAUUCCGUUCUUUGUGCCGCUCUUCUUGCAGUUAAAGCUUCUGCCGCUUACGUUCCUUCCGAACCAUGGACUACAUUGACGCCUACAUCUAUAAUUGGUAAAACUACUGAUUAUGCUGGUCCAUUUGGCAUCUACGUUGCUUCAAUCUCUAACCAGACCACUUCUACUACAAAGUCUGGCAAUUCAUCUGUUAGUUACUCUACAUCUGCUGCUCCCGUGUCUCAAAUAACGGACGGUCAGAUCCAGGCAACUACGGCAACAGCUCAGGUUGUCUCUCAGAUUGGAGACGGCCAAAUUCAGGCUACCACUGCUACCAAGCAGGUUGUGUCUCAAAUUGGAGACGGCCAAAUUCAGGCUACCACUGCUACCAAGCAGGUUGUGUCUCAAAUUGGGGACGGCCAAAUUCAGGCUACCACUGCUACCAAGCAAGUUAUUUCUCAAAUUGCUGAUGGUCAAAUUCAGGCCACCACCUCGACUAAAACCAAAUCUGUUGUUUCUCAGAUUACUGAUGGUCAAAUACAAGCAACCGCUACUGCUAAGAAGGAAAAGGAAAAGAGAGACGCUACAGCAGUUACCCAGGUGGGUUGCAAGAGUGGUGAAGCUUUGACCAUGUCUUUGAAAGAUUCUAUAUUGACUGACUCUGCAGGAAGAAUAGGUUCCAUCGUUGCCAAUCAACAAUUCCAAUUCGAUGGCCCACCUCCUCAAGCCGGUGCCAUUUAUGCUGCUGGUUGGUCCAUUACUGAUGACGGUAAGUUGGCCAUUGGUACAACCACUACUUUCUACCAGUGUCUUUCUGGUGGAUUUUACAACUUGUACGACAAAUCUAUCGGAGCACAGUGCGCUCCAGUUAAUCUUUACAUUGUUGAUCUAGUCGACUGUUAA